UCAACUCUGACUCUUUUUUUUCACCUGAACUGCAAUGGCGAGGAUCUCGUUGAAGAUCUGCACCUGCAUUCUUUUGCAACUCCUCUUCUGCAGGGCAGAGGAGGAUCAGACGCUGCAGCCGCAGCCGCGCAUCAUCAAUGGCAUCGCAGCCACGGCGAACGAGAGUCGCCACCUGGCCUCCAUUCGCCUCCGCUCGCACGACGGCAACUUCGGCAAUGGCCACAUCUGCGGAGGGUCGCUUAUCGCACCCUCGAAGGUCCUUACGGCCGCACACUGUUUGUACAACUCCCAGAAGAAGCGCUAUCGAAAGGCCAGCGAGUUCGUCGUGGUCCUUGGCACGCUGAACCGUUUCGAGCAAAUCAACGGAACCAUCGUGUCCCGAGUGAGCUCCAUGGCCUACAUGCAAACCUUCAGUCCGGAGAGCAUGCGCGAUGACGUGGGCCUCCUCUUCCUCCGGACUGGAUUGCCAUCUGAGGGCGUCCACCUCACCGUGGCCCCCAUCCAGCUCCCGGAACAGGUCACGCCCUCCGGAAGUCUGUGUCAGGUGUCUGGCUGGGGGCGCACAGAGACGAGUUCUCUGUCCAACGUCCUAAUGACGGCCAACGUCUCCAUCAUUCGGCAGCAGACCUGCGAGGCGAUCUACUCGUCCGGCUUGCUGCCCGGAAUGCUAUGUGCCGGACGAUUGCAGGGCGGCACCGACUCCUGUCAGGGAGACUCCGGCGGACCACUGGUGCACGAGGGCCGACUGGUUGGUGUCGUCUCCUGGGGCUACGGAUGUGCGGAGCCGGGACUGCCGGGCGUCUACGUGGACGUGUGGUACUACCGCCAGUGGAUCGAGGAACACAAUGGGGUCCCGCACUUCAGGAUAAGUCCCGAAAUAAUAAUACUGAUGCUGUGCUCUCUGUUCGUGGCUAAAGAGUUUCUAUUUCAGUAGACAUUAGUUAAUCGUAAAGUAUUUUUUGUACACCUAUUAUAAGACCUAAGCCAUAGAAUAGUAAGUCUGAAAAACGAUAUAAUAGGAACUAUAGCAAACGUUA